GAGCAGCGUCUGCGCUACCUGAAGCAGCAGGAGCGGCGGCAGCAGCAGUCGGUGUCUGAAAGCGAGAAGCUGCAGAGGCUCAAGGAUCGCGUGGAGAGCCAGGAGGCCAAGCUUAAGAAGAUCCGCGCCAUGAGGGGCCAGGUGGACUACAGCAAAGUCAUCAACGGCAACCUGUGUAAGUUUACACGCAUAUAAACACUCUCCCAAACUCAGCCACGUUUACGCUGUGUCCAUCCACCUCUCCCCAACUCACCUCUACACUGUGUGUCCACGUGUGUGUAUGUGCGUCCCAUGUUAUCCACAAUGUGUGUACUAUGGACGACAAUGGAAAUAAGUAAUUCAACUUUUUUUUGUCAUGCCCAAUGAUUUUAUAUAUCAGGUUGUAUUUUGAUGUGGCGGUUUCCUGGACACAGGUUAAGUCUAGUCCUGGAUUUAAAAGUACAUUGAAAAUCCUUUUAAAUCAAGGAUUAGACUCAAAAUGUGUGUGGGAAACUGCCCCUAUAUGUGUGUAAAAGUUGUCAAAUAAACUAAAUCCUCCUCCCUCCACCCCUAAAGCGGCGGAGAUUGAGCAGGUGAGUGGGCUGUUCCAGGAAAAGCAGGUGGAGCUGCAGUCAGCCGUGCUGCGGGUGGAGCAGCUGAGUCUGCAGCUGGAGGACCUGCGGCGGGGAAAGCUCAACGGCCUGCAGUCUGCGCUGGGAGGACAGGUCACCAGCACUGCAGCCCUGGAGCUGCGCAAACUCUACCAGGAGCUGCAGGUAGAGUUUAGUGUUCUGUACUACUCUACCAUCAGAAACCCUGCUCCAGUGCCCAACUUUUGAUCCAGAUCAAAAUGAUCCUGUGUUCCCCCAUUCAAUGUUGUUCCCCUUCAUUUUAGAAAGGCAAUAUUUUCACCCAAAUGUCAUGGGAUCACAGCUCAGCCUUCAACACCAUAGUGCCCUCCAAGCUCAUCACUAAGCUCGGGGCCCUGGGUCUGAACCCCGCCCUGUGCAACUGGGUCCUGGACUUCCUGACGGGCCAACCCGAAGUGGUGAAUGUAGGCAACAAUACCUCCGCUACGCUGAUCCUCAACUCGGGGGCCCCACAAGGUUGCGUGCUCAGCCCCUUCCUGUACUCCCUGUUCACCCAUGACUGCGUGGCCACACACGUCUCCAACUCAAUCAUCAAGUUUGCAAACAACACAACAGUGGUUGGCCUGAUUACCAACAACGACAAGACAUCCUACAAGGAGGUGUUGGGGGUACUGGCGGAGUGGUGCCAGGAAAAUAACCUCUCCCUCAACGUCAACAAAAUGAAGGCGCUGAUCGUGGACUUCAGGAGACAGCAGAGGGAGCACCCCCCCAUCCACAUCAACGGGGCAGCAAUGGAGAAGGUGAAAAGCUUAAAAUUCCUCGCCGUGCACAUCACUGACAACCUGAAAUGGUCCAUCCACACAGACAGUGUGGUGAAGAAGGCACAACAGUGCCUCUUCAAACUCAGGAAGCUUAAGAAAUUUGGCUUGGCCCCUAAGACCCUCACAAACUUCUACAGAUGCACCAUUGAGAGCAUCCUGUCGGGCUGUAUCACUGCCUGGUACGGCAACUGCACCAUCCGCAAACGAGGGCUCUCCAAAGGGUGGUGCUGUCAGCCCAAAGCAUCACCGGAGGCACACUGACUGCCCUCCAGGACAUCUGCAGCACCCGGAGUCACAGGAAGGCCAAGAAGAUCAUCAAGGACCUCAGCCACCCGAGCAACGGCCUGUUCACCCCGCUACCAUCUAGAAGGCGGAGACAGUACAGGUGCAUCAAAGCUGGUACGAGAGACUGAAAAACAGCUUCUAUCUUUGGCCAUCAGACUGUUAAAUAGUUACCACUAGCCGACCUCCGCCCAGUGCCCUGCCCUGAACUUCAGUCACUGUUACUAGCCAGCUACCACCUGGUACUCAACCCUGCACCUUAGAGACUGCUGCCCUAUGUACAUAGUCAUUGAACACUGUUUUACCCCACUUCAUAUGUAUAUACUGUAUUCUAGUCAAGGCUCAUCCUAUAUAACUACUGCUGUACACAACUUUUCUAUUCAUAUACUGUCCAUAAUGUCUAUAAACACAUCAUACUGUACUAUAUAUAUUUAUAUUCCAGACUCUGACAUUGCUCGUUCUAAUAUUUCUAUAUUUCUUAAUACCUUUUUUUUUUAGAUUUUUUGGGAUUUGCAUGUAUUGUUAGGUAUUACUGCACUGUUGGAGCUAGGAACAUAAGCAUUUUGUUACACCCGUAAUAACAUCUGUAAAAUAUGUGAACGCGAUUUGAUUUGUUGUAUUGUAUGAUGUGAUAUGUUAGAGAUUUGGUCCAGUCUUAUAAUUGCAUCCAAAAAGAGGAGGGACCACAUCUGAAGGGGGAGCGGAAUUUAACACAACACAGGAUCAUUUUGAUAGGGAUGAAUUGUUUUGAAAAACUGGGCACAGGGGCCUCGGUGGGUUGGUCCAGCGAUCUAAGCCGCUGCCUCUGGAUCACAUGUACUGCUUACUACCGUUGCAAGCAUGGGUCUCUCUCCUCCUAUCAACUAAUCUCUCUCAAUUCUGUCGAAUAAACAAAAGAAUGCGAAAGGAUUAGGACUGCCCCAAAAUAAACCCUGCUUCAGACUCAUUAAAACGCUACCCUUCGAAUCUUUCCCUGCGUCCGAAUCAUCUGUCCAUUCUCCCAAAGUUUGCACUUGUGCACUCCUUCCCGUGCAUUAAAAAACUUUGGAUUGGUAAGCGAAACAAACACAAAGGACUAUCUGCUUAGUCGUUUCUUCUGUGUGAACUGAUGCGCUUUUCAGAAAAGUGCAACUUCAAAACUGAAGCAUUGCAAAGUUCACAAUGGGGAAACUACUCUGCGGUCUGCUGCUUGUGGACAGCAAACUAGAUGAUAAAUAUACUUUUGGAUUAUAGGGGUUAUGUUUGUGCCUGUGCACACAUGCGUGUCUUGGCCAGGUUUCGGCGUACUCAUGUGGGUGGUGUGGAAACCAGUUUGUCUAUUUACUUCCUAUAUUCAUACCUGUGUGCUAACUUUUUUUUUAUCUCUUUCUAUUCUCUGUGUGUGUGUGUGUGUGUGUGUGUGUGUGUGUGUGUGUGUGUGUGUGUGUGUGUGGGCGUGCGUGUGUAUCACCCUCAGAUCCGGAACAAGCUGAACCAGGAUCAGAACAGCAAGCUACAGCAGCAGAAGGACCUGCUCAACAAGCGCAACAUGGAGGUGACACUCAUGGACAAGCGCAUCGGCGAGCUGCGGGAGCGCCUCUAUAAGAAAAAAGCUGAGGCACGUCAAAAAGAGAACUCACCUGUAAGGCUAGGAACGGACAAUGCAUAAACACACUCACACUAAGAAACACACACACACACACGGCACACACGGCAAACAUAGCCUCUUACAAAUAAAAGCUGGUCUAGUAGUGCACAACACACACGCCCACACGGACACAAACACUCUCACCUGUCAUAUGUAUGCGUACGCUCACUUCUUUUGGCUCUUUUGGGACAUUCAAAAGAUGGUAAAGUGCCAAUCUGUUUGCUAUCAGUAUCAUGCCAACGCAUUGCCAUGCCAAACAUGAAUUGUUUGGCAUGACAAUGCCUAAAGAGUUGGCAAGAGAGCAGAAACAGACUGGAACCCAGGAUACUGAGUUCCCUUAAACAGGACAAAAUACAAGAAAAUAACAACAAGACACAAUACACAUCAAUACACAAUACACACACUUACGAUGGGGUCCAUUACUUCAUAUUGAUACUAACCCUAAUCUCUCCCUCUAUCUCCCCUUUCUCUGUGGUCCCCCUCGCUCUCCCCAUCCCCUUUCUCUGUGGUCCCCCUCGCUCUUCCCAUCCCCUUUCUCUGUGGUCCCCCUCGCUCUUCCCAUCCCCUUUCUCUGUGGUCCCCCUCGCUCUCCCCAUCCCCUUUCUCUGUGGUCCCCCUCGCUCACCACAUCCCCUUUCUCUGUGGUCCCCUCGCUCUCCCCCAUCCCUUUCUCUGUGGUCCCCUUGCUCUCCCCAUCCCCUUUCUCUGUGGUCCCCUCGCUCACCCCAUCCCCUUUCUCUGUGGUCCCCUCGCUCUCCCCAUCCCCUUUCUCUGUGGUCCCCCUCGCUCUCCCCAUCCCCUUUCUCUGUGGUCCCCCUCGCUCUCCCCAUCCCCUUUCUCUGUGGUCCCCCCUCGCUCUCCCCCAUCCCCUUUCUCUGUGGUCCCCCUCGCUCUCCCCAUCCCCUUUCUCUGUGGUCCCCUCGCUCACCCCAUCCCCUUUCUCUGUGGUCCCCCUCGCUCUCCCCAUCCCCUUUCUCUGUGGUCCCCUCGCUCUCCCCAUCCCUUUCUCUGUGGUCCCCUCGCUCACCCCAUCCCCUUUCUCUGUGGUCCCCCUCGCUCUCCCCAUCCCUUUUUUUCUGUGGUCCCCUCUCACUCCCCUCCCUCCACAUUCUCGCUUUCUCUCUGUGGUCCCCUCUUUCUCCAUUUAGCUGAACAGGACCAACGGGCCUCCCUCUCCCCAGCCGGCCCCUGGGACUCUGGGCCGGGUGGCAGCCGUGGGGCCCUACAUUCAGGUCCCCGUGCCGGGUAGACAAGAGGGAGGCUACACUGGACCCCCCGAACCUAUGAAACCCCAGACACUGGGUGUCAACGCCCCAGCCAAUCAUGCCCGCUCCAAAUCAGGUUGGUCUACCUUGCCAUCAUGGACUCUCUUCACUCGGUAUGGUAUAGGGUGAAGUUGCCCCUAGAUGUUGAUCUUGGGUCAGUUUUGCAUUAUUCCUACUAAUGGUUAAGGUUAGGAUUGGGGCACUGGAAGCUGUUCCUAGAUCUGUACCUAAAUCAAACUUCACCUCAGAGCACUCUGUGUGGUUGGUUUUCCAAUAACCUGACAUAUUACUCACCUGUAUUUGUUGCCCUCUCAUGCUCUCUCCUAUGAUUCAAUCUCUUUUUCUCUUAACUUUUCUCUGUCUUUACGUUUGUACUCUUUCUGUCUUUGGCUCUACUUCAAGACAGCCAUAAUGACUUGACUAUGGAUGUAUUUGAUAGUGGUUGGGAGGGACACAUGAAGACCUCUAGACUAAUUAUUGAGCUUCCUAGAUAACUGUAGUCCUCAUGUUUUCCCCAGGAACACAAUUGGUCAAUUCAUGUCACCAAUUGUCCCAGGCAUGGUCUAGAACAGGUACUGAUUAAAAUACAAAAAAUCAGCAAACACAGAGUGCUGCACCCCUGGUCCAAGUCCUUAUCAUACAGUUAGGACUACACAUUUGCAUGGUAAUUUCCCCUGUAAAUCUGAUACAAUAUUUAUACCGAAUGUCAUGGAUAUAGCAGGAUCUUUGUUUUAACUUAUGUGAUAUGUUAAAGAUUUGCUUUUGUUUUGUCAUAAAACUGCAUCCAAAAAUGAGGAGGGACCACAUCUGAAGGAGCAGCAGAAUUUAACACAACAUAGGAUAAUUUUGAUCUGGCUUAAAUAUUUUGAAAAACUGUGCCCAGAGCAGGCAGUGUCCAUCAGGAGGACUAAGAGCAGCCUCCCAGUCUCAAAUCCACUGGCCCCCGUGAUCGCCAUCCCCAGUGAUCCUGAAGCCCAUGUCGCUCUCCUUACAGGCUUUUCAGUUGAUACUGAUUCAUUACUUUUUUCUUUCUUUAUCUCUCUCCUCUAACCUUCUUCUCUCCCCUUUUUUACUCUGUGGUGUAUCCUGUGUUUCCCUCCCUCCGUCCUUCCCUUCUCUUUCCCGUCCCGUGCUGUGGUGUCCUGUGAUUGUCUUUGUUCCACUUGGGCGGGGCGACACCCCUACUCCUAUCCCUAUCUACCACGUUCGUCCAGGGGCGGACACAGUGCGAAAGCCCCUCGGCCCGUGGAAGGUGUCAGAUUUAGACAUCGUGGUGGACCCACUGCCCCCUUCCCCUCUGGAUGCGCGGUCGGGUGGCUCGGACGGCACGUCCCGUGAGUGUGGCAGGUUGCAUAGGUGUAGGGUGAAGUUGCCCCUAGACACUGAUCCUGGAUAGGAAUGGGGAUAGUGGAUGCUGGUCCUAGAUCUAUAUCUAGGGGAAACUUCAUCCUGGAGCGUAUGCCUAGCGGGAGGGACGGACGGCUCUUUGAACCUUAUCUCUGCAGUAGUGGGCAGGAUCCUCAGCAUGUGACUUAUUAGACACUGGUCUUUACACAUUCGCAAACUCUAGCUCGCAACGUCAGUAGUGUUUUUUUUAAGGACACUUAACUCUCUUGCUAGCCUGGUGAAACCAUCCUGAUUGCUACGCUCACCAUUCUGUAUCAAACAGAAUGUGAGCGAUCACGUUAUAAAGUUAUGAGUUACACAACACAUAGACACAGAUUACAUGUAUUUUUUUAUUAUUUACUGAAAGUGCUCCAUCUUGAAAACUUAACUGCUGAGGGACCUAAUGGAAUAAAAUAAUUAAAUGUUUUUUGGAGUGGAUCCUCAGAAUAAUUAUUACCAUAAACAUAGUAGGCUAUUCAGUAGACCUAGUGGGCUACACACUUACAGAGGACGAUAGGUUAAUACAACAUAAAAUAAACUAGUCAAAACUAAAACGGUGCUGGCUAGCCGGUGUAUUUUAUUUUUGAUGAGGCUCCAAGUCGAACAUAAUACUAAAAUGUUUUGUAGUUUUUUUAAAGUGAUCCUAUUACAGUCACAGCUCACAGACGUGGCGCACACUCACACAUGUACAACUGGAACCCUUCAUAUUACAGCAAUCAAUAUUACCCUGCAAGGGCUGUUGUCUGUGUAGGAUUGUAUCCAACAGCAAUACCUGAUUCUACCUCAUGCUCCUAAUAAGUGAACUCCAGAGAUAAGAUCAUGUUUAAUUAAGCAACUAUGGAAUCACUAUUAAAAUAACUAAAAAGUAAUCCUAUCACAUUAGACAGGGGUGUGUAUUGUACAAGAACACCACUCUCUGACCAUUUGGUGCAAAUGCAAAAAAUAAAAUAAACCUUGAAAAAGGUUUGGUGCGAGUGCAAGUUAUUUUAUUUUUAAUGGAAAAGCCUGUCUUUCAAGAUGUUAGACAGCGAAGCACUGCUGAUCCUGAGCGUGUGGGUGCGUGCGUGCGUGCGCAACUAGCUACUCUGAGAAGGUUCACUGCGCUCCUCCGCCCUCGAUACCUGGAUCAAUGGCGUCAGUCAAAUUUACCUCUGAAGCCACCUCAGUAAAUUUGUGCUCUGAUCUUUGACCUUUCCAUAACCACCAUAACCCACCUAACCAUUCCCCUCAUUAGUAGCAGUGAUAGAGCAUUCAAAUAGUUGUUAUUAAUGCUUAAUUAGUUGGAUCUGUCAAUUUUGCACUGAUAGACUAGUGUCCUUUCCAGGGGGUGUCCUUGUACAACAAGCUUCCUCACAUUACAGAAACAGGAGCUAGUCUCCUGCUCCUAUGAGCCGUUCUGGCCAAGGCUUGUGCAAGGCUACUUACUUUACUUAUUAUCUAUUUCGAGAUAUAUUAAACCAAAAAAAAAAGUGCCAUUUUAUUUUUGACUUACUGAACCAGACUUACUGAGUCUGACUUUAAGUCAUGUAUGUUUAAAAUGGUCACAAUUGGACAGGCUGACAAGGAUGUGGAUAUUCAACAACACUUUGUUUGACUGUUUAGGGCUUCCUAAGAUUUAUGGUUUAAGAAUUUGGAUUAAUGAAUGCUGCUCUUCUCCAGCUUUUAGAAUUACAAAAUGUAAUUUUUGAGUACUUUUAUAACAACAACUACGUUUGUAGGCUAAAUUAGCAUUUUCAGCUACAAAGUUGAGCAUGUGAAGGACAAGUUCCUACUUAAUUGAAGGGCACCAGUUGUGUGGAAGAAGCUACAUUUGAACAAUUGGUGGAAAUUGGGGGAUGACAGAGACAAAACGGCAUAACAUCAGGGUCAUAAUUAUUAGUGCACACCGUAGAGAGAGAGGUUUUGCAACGGAAAGCGAAAACAAGCUUUUCUAAUUGGACAAAUUUGAAUACGACCCAGGGACCUGGUGGGGGGCCUUUGAAUCCCACUCUUCAGGGGGAUUUUCAAAUCAUGAUAUUUCAGAUAAAUUAUUAAUUGGGUAGGACUCAACCCCCAUGUUCUAUAUAUGUUUUACAUUUGUCUCUUUCCCUCCCUCCCCUUUCCUUUUCCGUUUCCUAAUCUUUGCUGACAGCAUUAUAGAGCAUACUUGUGGCAAAAUUUUCAUAGUGCAAAGUGCAAAAAUUUAGAAUUAACGUAAUCUGGCAGCAUGAUUUCAUUUUAAACUUUUUCUUUCAACAAUGUAUAUGCAGGCAAUUAUUUUAACUAGAGUUGAGUAAAUUGCAUAUUACAUUAAUAGUCACCUCUUUAUAAUGUACAUUGUUGAAGUUUCUAAUUAAAUCACGCUGCAUUAUAAUAAGGUUUAUUGUAAGUUUUAAACUUUGCACAAUUCUUACACUACAUGACGAAAAGUAUGUGGACACCUUCUCGUCGAACAUCUCAUUCCAAAAUCAUGGGCAUUAAUAUGGAAUUGGACCCCUUUGCUGCUAUAACAGCCUCCACUCUUCUGGGAAGGCUUUCCACUAGAUGUUGGAACAUUGCUGCGGGGACUUGCUUCCAUUCAGCCACGAGCAUUAGUGAGGUUGGGCGCUGAUGCUGGGCGAUUAGGCCUGGCUCGCAGUCGGUGUUCCAAUUUAUCCCAAAGGUGUUUGAUGGGGUUGAGGUCAGGGCUCUGUGCAUGCUAGUCAAGUUAUUCCACACCGAUUUCUACAAACCAUUUCUGUAUGGACCUCGCUUUGUGCAUGGGGGCAUUGUCAUGCUGAAACAGGAAAGGGCCUUCCCCAAACUGUUGCCAUAAAGUUGGAAUCACAGAAUCGUCUAGAAUGUCAUUGUAUGCUGUAGCGUUGAGAUUUCCCUUCACCGGAACUAAGGGGCCUAGCCCGAAACAUGAUAGCCCCAGACCGGUAUUCCUCCUCCACCAAACUGUACAGUUGGAACUAUGCAUUGGGGCAGGUAGCGUUCUCCUGGCAUCCGCCAAACCCAGAUUAGUCCGUCGGACUGCCAGAUGGUGAAGCGUGAUUCAUCACACCAGAGAAUGCGUUUCCACUGCUCCAGAGUCCAAUGACGGCGAGAUUUACACCACUCCAGCCAAUGCUUGGCAUUGCCUUUGGUGAUCUUAGGUUUGUGUGCGGCUGUUCGGUCAUGGAAACCUAUUUCAUGAAGCUCCCGACGAACAGUUAUUGUGCUAUAAUUAUAAUAAUAAUAAUAUAAUAAUAAUAAUAAUUGGUCAUUUAGCAGACGCUCUUAUCCAGAGCGACUUACAGGAGCAAUUAGGGUUAAGUGCCUUGCUCAAGGGCACAUCAACAGAUUUUUCACCUAGUGGGCUCGGGGAUUAGAACCAGCGACCUUUCGGUUACUGGCACAACGCUCUUAACCACUAAGCUACCUGCCGCCCGUCAUUCUCCUAGAUGUUUCCACUUCACAAUAACAGCACUUACAGUUGACCGGGGCAGCUCUAGCAGGGCAGAAAUUUGACGAACUGACUUGUUGGAAAGGUGGCAUCCUGUGCCACGUUGAAAGUCACUGAGCUCUUCAGUAAGGCCAUUCUACUGCCAAUGUUUGUCUAUGGAGAUUGCAUGGCGGUGUCCUCAAUUUUAAACACCUGUCAGCAACGGGUUUGGCUGAAAUAGCUGAAUCCACUAAUUUGAAGGGGUGUCCACAUACUUUUGUAUAUAUAGUCUAUGUUCUAUGAACAAGGCUGUUCGUCUUGUGCCGCAAGAAUCCACAUUUGGAUUCAUGUCAGCAGUGUCAAACCAUGCUUACUGUGUGAAAUGGCAAGAAGUAUUUUUUCCUUGCCUCACCAACCAGUAACUGGUUUCCAUUGAACAGGACCCUAAGUACGUCUGCCUUUCACCCAGCAACAGUGUCUGUACUCUGUAGCGUACUAGCUAGCGCUUUCCUUCCGGUUCACCCAUCUAAAAGAACGCUCUCCACACUACUGCAUCUGACUGCCCAGUGUAGCAGUAUCAUCUUCUACACUCACCCCAUCAUGGCAGACAUUCAUAGCAGUAUAGUCCUUCCCAAUCCUGGUCUGGGGGAAAAUGUGCAUUUUGCUUCCCAGGACAAGGAUUGGGAAACACUGAUCAAUACAGAUCGUUAUCUAGAGAGUUCUACAGCAGUCUCUGCUUUUAACACAGUUCUAACAGGUCACUCUCUUAGACCACACUCAGCGUGCCCCAUUCUCCCCUCUCCACCCUUAGCUAAUGACGCUGGCUGGCCCACCCUUGGCAAGGGCAAUGCUUCUCUCAAGCCCCCCGACUGGAGGGAGUCUGGGCCGGACACGCAGGGAAAGACUCCCCCUCCGGGCUCCCCCGCUGCUACCACAGCAGAGAAGGUCAGUCUUUACUUUGACAUUUAUUGUUGUUCAUAAAGCUUGAAUAGAAAUCAAGAGUUGACGCACACCCAAAACUAUUGGAGAGGUGCUGACUAUAGUAAAUAUCGAGCAUCUUAACUUUUUAGUUUUACAUAAGUUAAUAAAGCUUUGGGCAAACAUAUUUUUUGUCUUCAAAAUAACCCCUCGCAGCAUGCAACAUUUCCCCAAAUAACCAUAACAGGUGAAAUAGUUGGGACAGCGCUUCAUCCAAAAUUAGUUUGGAGAUGUAUUUGAUGAUAUUAAAUAAGUAUUGAAUAAUGAGAAUAAUUGUUUGCCUCUACCAAGGUGCUGGACUCCAACAAGAUGACAGUCUCCUCCCCAGUGGCCCCAUCCAAGCCCCAGCCCCCUCCCUACGGCUCCCACCUAACUUCCGCCGGCUCCACCAGCUCUUUAGACCGCCGGCCAGGCCCGCUCCCCAACCCCCCCGGCCCUGUCUGGCCCCGUGUUCCCCCCUCCACCGGCUCCUCCUCCCAGCAGAUCCAGCAGCGCAUAUCGGUGCCCCCCAGCCCGACCUUCCAGCCCAACUUGCCUCUCUUCCCGCCGGGUCUUCCCGGGGAUCGGCCUGACCCUGUCCUGGCCGUGGCGGUGCGCCCCUUCGUCCCAGACAGAGGCUCCCGGCCCCAGUCACCGCGCAAGGGCCCGGCCACCAUGAACUCCAGCUCCAUCUACCACAUGUACCUCCAGCAGGCGGCGCCCAAGAGCUAUCCGCUCAAGCCUGCGCUCAAAGCAGGUACUAGCAGGGGCCGUUUGGGAGGGAAUGAAAAUGUUCCAAAUCCCAAUUAUCUUUUGUAGCCCAGUGUGCACUUAUUCACUUCCCUUCACUGAUUUUGAAAGGUAUACAUGACUGGUAUGCAAAUGAUUGUGGAAACUCUCACUAUCCCAUGCCUCCACCAAUCCAAUGCUAUUAGAUUUGUGGGAAGUAGGGAACAAGUGCACACUUCAGGAGAAACAAGAUAUUAUUGGGACGCACCCUUGUACCUUGUACCAAUACUAUGCAUCUUUUCUUCCUUGAGGAACUGAUUUGUGAAGGUUGGUUAAGUGAAAGCAAUAUGGUGAACACCAUCCUUUCACUUAUCCAAUCACUUACAGAUCAUUGAGAGGAAAGAAAGGUGUGUUUUGGAAGAAUUGGAUCAGGUUGGUGUCUGGGUAAAGUGAAGGAGGGACAGGGGCUUAACUGAAAAUCAAAGGAGACUGAAGUCUGUUAUAUAUUUUGCUAUUGACUGAGACUUGCAUGACAAAGAGCAAUGUUGUGAAUACUCUUGCUUUUGAUUCUUAAUACAUUAACUGUUGAGUUUUGAGUAUCCAGUAAUUCAUUAUUAAUUUAUGAAAGUGAGUCAGUGAGCAAGUACGUUAUUUAUAUUUUCCACGGUAGUACAUCGUUUUUUUCUGUUUUUUUCUUCUCUCCUGUGUGUGUGCAGUGUACGGGAAGCCCGUUCUCCCCUCCAGCUCCACGCCGCCCUCCCCCUUGCCCUUCAUGCAGACAGGGGGCCCCUUCCCCGUGCUCCAGGGGCCGGCCGGUGAGGACACUGGGGACAGAGAGGGCCCUGACAUAGACGGGGCCCCGGAUACCCCCCCGCCCAACGUGGAGAAUAUCCCGCGGCCCCUCAGCCCCACCAAGCUCACCCCCAUGGCCCACUCGCCCCUCCGCUACCAAAGCGACGCCGACCUGGAAGCGCUACGCAAGAAGCUGGCGAACGCCCCGCGGCCCCUCAAGAAGCGCAGCUCCAUCACUGAGCCAGAGGGCCCUGCCGGGCCCAACAUCCAGAAGCUGCUCUACCAGCGCUUCAACACCCUGGCUGGUGGCAUGGAGGGUGGUGCCGCCGGAGCAGGGGGAGCCGGGUCGGGCGGCACGCCAUUUUACCAGCCCGCCAACCCACCCGACUACCCCGGCGACUCGUUGGCAGACGCCGACAAUGGGAACCCGCUAUCUGAGGACCUGCUCCCUCCCCCGCCACCUGCCGUGGCAGAGGGAUCGUCCUCAGAGCCCUUGCCGCCGCCUGACGCCAAUGACAACAAGCUGCUGCCCCCGCCACCAGCCCCCGAGGGGAUCAGUCCCCCCGCCCUGGAGGCCUCGGAGGAUACCAACAACAAUAACCUAGGGGGAGUCUCGCUGGCCACCCUGCCCAGCCCUGUGCCUGAGGUCAGCUCUCCAGAGGAGGUUGCCACCACCCCCUCGCAGCCAGUGGUGAGGCUCUCACAAAACACUCACAGCAACAGUAUGCAUGUUCAUGUAGCGGAGGUGAGUCGGACUGAGUUGGACUCUCGGUAUAAUGGUUAAGAUGUUGGUUUCCGGAGCAGGAGAAAGGGGUUCUGACCCACCUGUGUCAUACAUAAACAUGUCUGUUUGUGUUUGCACGUACUCUUUGCUAACUGUCCCUUCCCAUCCUUCCCCUACAGGAGAAGCGUACUAACCUGAAGAAGCCCAACUCGGAGCGGACGGGUCACGGCCUGAGGGUGAAGUUCAACCCCCUGGCUCUGCUGCUGGAUGCCUCACUGGAGGGCGAGUUUGACCUGGUGCAGAGGAUUAUCUACGAGGUCCGACUCUGUUGCGCGCACAUACAAUUUGUUUAUUUUAGUCAUUUAGCAGACGCUCUUAUCCAGAGCGACUUACAGUAGUGAGGGUAUAGAUUUUCAUACUUUUUCGUACUGGUCCCCCGUGGGGUCGAAACCACAACCCUGGCGUUGCAAGCAGCAUGCUCUACCAACUGAGCCACACGGGACAUACACACAGAUACAAACAAACAAACAAACAAACACACACACACAAAUGCACACAAAAAUACACUCUUUAUUUGCAGCUAUAUGAACUGUGCUGACAGCAUUGUAAACUAGUCAUGUUUUUCAGCAGUGUGUUAUUUUGUGUGUGUGCUAGUAAACCUGUCAGAAUUUGAUUGUUGUGUGUUUGUGCUUGAUCUUGCCGUGUCACUUGACAUCUGAACUCUUAGAAAUGCUCUUAGAAAAGAAAUGGAACUUGGGACUAGCUGACCCGUGUUCUUCCCCAGGUGAAGAACCCCAGCACGGCCAACGACGAGGGCAUAACCCCGCUGCACAACGCAGUGUGCGCCGGACACCACCACAUUGUCAAGUUCCUGCUCGACUUCGGAGUAAACGUCAACGCUGCCGACAGCGACGGCUGGUGAGCAGCUACACACCACCUGCACACAAGGGACCUUAAAGAGGUCACUCAUGCAUCACCGUUUUUGUUCUAUACUGAAAGUGCAGUACUUGAAAACUUGACUGCUGACAUGGACACGUUUUGAGGAUUGUAUUAACAUAGUGAAUUAAAGAACAUAAUAUUACAGUAUAGUUUUUGAGUGAACUAUUCCUUUAAGACAGAAUUCCCUUGUUUGCAUCUUUUUAGCUUCAGUUACGCCACUUUAUUAAUGCCUCCAAAAACAAGGCUUCAUUUAUGUUGCGAUUUUGCUAUUUGUGACAUACUUGCUUUCAUAGUGUUGUAUUUACAUCAACAUUUCAUCCACUCACCUGCACCAAGGAACCCCCUACCUAUUUACCAGAGCACAGCUCUUUUCAUACAUUGUCAUUCCAGAAUAGAUCAGAAAUUAGGCAAUUCAUUUUGCAGCAUACAUAAUAUACAUACAGACAAAAUCACCAAUUCUGAAGAAGCCUUGGUCAUGGUUGUGUUUUUUAGUGCCUAUGAUUACCUUUCGUAGAGGCGAUUGGGCUCCAUGGAACUAUUGUAACCCCUCUAUUGUGUGUGUGUGUGUGUGUGUGUGUGUGUGUGUGUGUCUACAGGACACCCCUGCACUGUGCAGCCUCCUGUAACAGCGUUCACCUGUGCAAGUUGCUGGUGGAGUCAGGAGCGGCCAUCUUUGCCAGCACCAUCAGCGACGUGGAGACAGCAGCAGACAAGUGUGAAGAGAUGGAGGAGGGCUUCAUCCAGUGCUCUCAGUUUCUCUACGGUGAGAACACUACUGGUGGAGGGUCAUUGUUGCAGGGAAAUGAUUGACCGGGUCUUCCUCUGCAUCCAAAAUGGUACCCUGCUCCCUAUCUAGUGCACUACUUUUGAGCAGGGUCCAUAGGGCACUAGACUAUUGUAUUUGUAGUAUAUAUUUGUAGUAUAUAUACAGCUGUGGAAAAAAUUAAGAGACCACUGCACAUUUUUCUUAAAUCAGCAUCUCUACCUGUAUGACAGCCAUUCCAUUCCAGUGUCUGUUGAAUUCCAACACAGGCACACCUCAUUCUACCGAAUUAGGUACUGAUUAGGUGAUCACCUGAACCAAAUCUUAUUUAAUGAGGAAAAGUAUAAAAACCACUGCUGUGGUCAUCACUAUCCUCUUGCAAUAGGACCAGCUGGAUGGCAAAAACAGUUCUAAUAGUACCUCAAAAGUAAUAUUAAUCAAAAAAUAACUAUUGACCAUGCCAAAAGAGUUGAAAAUGAAAGUUUUGAGUGAGGAAAAGAAGGGUUCAAUUCUGGCUUUACUGGCAGAGGGAUACAGUGAGCGUCAGGUUGCUUCCAUCCUUAACAUUUCAAAGACGGCAGUUCAUAAGAACAUGGUCAAGCAGAAGACAUUGGGGACAACAAAGCUACAGACUGGCAGAGGAUGAAAACGACUCUCUACUGACCGGGAUGACCGCCAACUAAUUUGAAUGUCACUCAACAACCGUAGGAUGACAUUAAGUGACCUACAUAAAGAAUGGCAAACGGCAGCUGGGGUGAAGUGCACGGCGAGGACGGUUCGAAACAGGCUCCUAGGGGCAGGGCUGAAGUCGCGCAAAGCUAGAAAACAGCCCUUCAUCAAUGAGAAGCAAAGAAGAGCCAGGCUGAGGUUUGCAAAAGACCAUAAGGAUUGGACCGUAGAGGACUGGAGUAAGGUCAUUUUCUCUGAUGAGUCCAAUUUUCAGCUUUGCCCAACACCUGGUCGUCUAAUGGUUAGAUAGAGACCUGGAGAGGCCUACAAGCCACAGUGUCUCGCACCCACUGUGAAAUUUGGUGGAGGAUCGGUGAUGAUCUGGGGGUGCUUCAGCAAGGCUGGAAUCGGGCAGAUUUGUCUUUGUGAAGGACGCAUGAAUCAAGCCACGUACAAGGUUGUCCUGGAAGAAAACUUGCUUCCUUUUGCUCUGACAUUGUUCCCCAACUCUGAUGAUUGGUUUUUCCAGCAGGACAAUGCGCCAUGUCACACAGCCAGGUCAAUCAAGGUGUGGAUGGAGGACCACCAGAUCAAGACCCUGUCAUGGCGAGCCCAAUCUCCAGACCUGAACCCAAUUGUAAACUUCUGGAAUGUGAUCAAUAGGAAGAUGGAUGGUCACAAGCCGUCAAACAAAGCCGAGCUGCUUGAAUUUUUGCGCCAGGAGUGGAAUAAAGUCACCCAACAUCAAUGUGAAAGACUGGUGGAGAGCAUGCCAAGACGCAUGAAAGCUGUGAUUGAAAAUCAGGGUUUUUCCACCAAAUAUUGAUUUCUGAACUCUUCCUAAGUUAAAACAUUAGUAUUGUGUUGUUUAAAAAUGAACAUGAACUUAUUUUCUUUGCAUUAUUCGAGGUCUGACAACACUGCAUCUUUUUUUUAUUUUGACCAGUUGUAAUUUUCUGCAAAUAAAUGCUCUAAAUGACAAUAUUUUUAUUUGGAAUUUGGGAGAAAUGUUGUCAGUAGUUUAUAGAAUAAAACAAAAAUAUGUAAUUUUUACCCAAACACAUACCUAUAAAUAGUAAAACCAGAGAAACUGAUAAUUUUGCAGUGGUCUCUUAAUUUUUUCCACAGCUGUAUAUUCUUAAAGGUAGACUCAGCGUAUUGACGUAGAUGCAGAAAGUAAACAGUAUAGUGGGUCAUUUUCCACAACCACUAAGAGUGUUGAAGAGGAGGUUCAACUUCUCCUCUGUUUUGGUGCCUUGGCUACUGUGCUCUCCAACAGCUUGAAGCCAAUUAGAAUGUCGCUGGAUUGGAUAGCUGCCGUUUUAUGGGCUCCUGACCAAUUCUGCAAUUUUGUGUGUUUUUUCACACUGAUCAUAAGUAUAUUUUUUUUACAUAAUGUUUCCGCCAUUGUUUCCUAUGACUGAAAAUACCAUUUGGACAUCAGAAUAUCAAUCACCAACCUCGAUUUGGAAGAAGAUUUCUACUUCCAACGAGUCGGUGGCGCAGGACAUACUGCUCACCCCAAACCAGGCCCUAAUCACCGAGACUCAGAGAAGAAAGAGGUGGCGUAAGCAAGGCCAACGUGCGGGCACCCUGAUGAAACUACACUGAACAAAAAUAUAAAGUGUUGGUCCCAUGUUUCAUGAGCUGAAAUAAAACACAAAAAGCUUAUUUCUCUCAAAUGUUGUGCACAAAUUUGUUUAAAUCCCUGUUAGUGAGCAUUUCUCCUUUGCCAAGAUAAUCCAUCCACCUGACAAGUGUUGCAAAUCAAGAAGUUGAUUAAACGGCAUGAUCAUUACACAGGUGCACCUUGUGCUGUGGACAAUAAAAGACCACUCUAAAAUGUGCAGUUUUGUCACACAACACAAUGCCACAGAUGUCUCAAGUGUUGAGGGAGCGUACAGUUGCCAUGCUGACUGCAUGAAUGUCCACCAGAGCUGUUGCCAGAGAAUUGAAUGUUAAUUUCUCUACCAUAAGCCGUAGUUUUAGAGAAUUUAGCAGUACGUCCAACCAGCCUCACAACCGCAGACCACGUGUAACCAUGCCAGCCCAGGUCCCCCACAUCCGGCUUCUUCACCUGCGGGAUCGUCUGAUGGGUGGUGCUGAGGAGUAUUUCUGUCUGUAAGAGAGCCCUUUUUGGGGGGUAAACGAAUUCUGAUUGGCUGGGCUUGGCUCCCCAGUGGGUGGGCCUAUGCCCUCCCAGGCCCACCCAUGGCUGCGCCCCUGCCCAGUCAUGUGAAAUCCAUAGAUUAGGGCCUGAUGAAUUUAUUUCAAUUGACUGAUUUCCUUCUAUGAACUGUAACUCAGUAAAAUCUUUGUGUUUAAAUUUGUUCAGUAUACAUAAUAUAAACAAGUUAUCUUUACUCAUUGUGUAUUUAUUACUUUUAUUAUUACAUGUUAUUACUUUUCUAUUACUUCUCUCUUCUUCUUCACUGUAUUGUUGGGAAGGGCCCGUAAGUAAGCAUUUCCCUGGUAGUCUACAUCUAUUGUUUAUGUGACAAAUACAAUUUUAUUUGACCAGUGUGAGAGCGAAGUUUUACAUCUCGCUCAUAUCAAUAUCUCCGGUGAUGUUCGUGGCAACAUAAUUUUGCUGAGUUUACCUUUAACCAUAAUGCCUAUGUACUGUAUAUUCUUAACUAUAGCUACUUAAUAUAGUGCCUAUGCAACCAAUAUGUUAUAUACCAUGAAACUUCAAUUAAUAGCCUGGGCGUUUAUUUGCUUAAAUCACAGAACAUAAAAUGUGCUUAUUAGAGACAGGCUUCUAUUUCCUUAAUGCACACAGCAUUUGCUCAUUUGCAUAGUUAAUUGUUUUAAUUCCAGCAUUCACUUCCAGUAUUUUAAUCAUUUUCUUCAUUUCCUGCGCUGUUGUCAUUUACACACUCAUGUUUAUUUUGUCUUUGUAUGCCUCUAUAAAUAUUUGUAUUUUCUUGACAUAAUGAUUCUCCUCUUUGACUGUGCAUAUUUUUCGGUGUCUCUACUCCUGAAUCGAACAGUUGAGUUCUAGCAGUUUCUUACUGCCGAUAAAAAUAGAUUGCAAUUUUUUCGAAUCAUUACUGAAUUAUUUUAAUGUAACAAAUCAAACAUUAAACCUGGUAAACAAUUCAGUGUAAUUCAUGGUAACCUCGUAAACAAUUCAUUUAGACCUGCCGUUUAUUUGAAACAGCAGUUAAUUUGAUGACGUGUGCCGUUGCCCGGUUAUUAAAAGGGACAGGCGGGUAUUUGAGACUCAGCAUUUAAUUGAGGUUUUUGCGGUAAUGAAAACUAUAGUUACUUGAUAUAGUAUCUGUGUGUGUUCUACCAGGUGUCCAGGAAAAGCUAGGCGUGAUGAACAAGGGGGCGGUGUAUGCACUGUGGGAGUACGAGGCCCAGAGCCCAGAUGAGCUGUCGUUCGGCGAGGGCGACGCCAUUACCAUCCUGCGGCGGCAGGACGACAGCGAGACCGAGUGGUGGUGGGGCCGCCUGGACCACAGGGAGGGUUAUGUACCCCGCAACCUGCUGGGGGUGAGGCCCAUCAAACGCACACAUUCUCACACUUACACAUACACCUGUUGGGAUGAGGCCUGCUCACUGCUUACCCCUGGGCCCAUGCGUUGAUCCCAGUCUUCAACUACAUUAUGACUGUCUGUGUUUGGCAGUACUGGACCUCUCUGGUGUAUAACCUCUCUACCUCUCUCUACCUUUUCUCUUCCUCUGUAGCUCUACCCCAGGAUAAAACCUCGUCAGCGCUCCCUGGCUUAG